AGACUGUUUCGAGUGCCAGAGCGCCAGUUUGGGUUUAAGGAGGAAUUACAGGACUUGAUUAAGAUAAAAAUGGCUGGUGGCAAGGCUGGCAAAGAUACCGGAAAAGCAAAGGCUACCUCUAUCACCCGAUCCUCCAGAGCUGGAUUGCAGUUUCCAGUUGGUCGUAUACAUAGACUGCUGAAGAACAGAACUACCAGCCAUGGUCGUGUGGGUGGUACAGCGGCAGUAUAUACAGCUGCUAUCUUGGAAUAUUUGACUGCUGAGGUUCUUGAAUUGGCUGGAAAUGCUUCCAAAGAUCUUAAGGUGAAGCGUAUCAGCCCACGUCACUUGCAGCUUGCCAUCAGAGGUGAUGAAGAAUUGGAUGCUCUUAUAAAAGCAACCAUUGCUGGCGGUGGAGUCAUUCCACACAUACACAAGUCACUCAUUGGAAAGAAAGGACAGCAGAAGACUGUUUAGUCAAUGUCAGAAACCCAAGAACUCGUCAGACUUGAUCAGCCUUCUUUCUGAAGAAAAGACUGGUUUUCACACUCAUCCAAGACUGAGAUUCCCAUUUCAAAGCAGAUGCUUGGUGGUUUUAAUGUGCCCAUGGCUUCCAAGAAGCCAGUUCUGAUGGACUCUGGUUUUACAUACAGGUUUUUUUUAUGCAAGUUGUUGGGAGAUGUAUAAACAUGGAACAGCUGAUGCUUGAUUUGUUUAGUAAAUGAAUUUAAUAAAUGUUUGGCUUAAUGGGUAUGUCAUGUAAUUGCAUUUUAUUUCUAGCUGUUAAGCUGAAAUAGACCAUCUGUGCAAUACUAGAUUUUGAAAUGUUUCUCCUGUUGUGUUAAAUCAUGGUAUUAAAAUACUGCGAUUUUGUGGUUGUAAUUUA